AUGUCGGUCCAAGGCGUGACCAGCCAGUUCGGGGAUAUGGGAUUUGGUGGUCCGCCUCCUGGUGACAACUAUGGAGGCCAUGGCCAGUACAGCGCAAACCAAGGUGGUCCUGCGCCUCCGCAGCCUGCCUACCAACCACCAUCCGACAAGCCACCACUGCCUCGGGGAUGGACCCCCUACUUUGACCAGCAGCAUCAACGCUGGUACUAUGUAGAGGAGGGGACGGGCAGGACCCAGUGGCAAGCACCCGGGUACAAUCCACCACCGAUGCAGAGCCCUUCCGCUCAGGGAGGUUACGGUCCUCCCAGCGAUCUUCCUCCAAGCGGAGGAGCUUACAAUGGGGAUGGUCAAGGACAGACCAAGGGUGACAAGUACGAAAAGAAAGGAAGCGGCACGGGAGGCCUGAUCCUUGGCGCUGCUGGUGGUCUUGCCGCUGGCGCCAUUGGCGGAGCUGUUCUGCACCACGCCCUCCACGAUAGUGACAGCGACAGCAGCGAUGACGAGAGACGCAAUCAUCAGCCAUACGCUGCUUCCGCCGCCGCCUCAGCAGCAGGACCGUCUGUGACCAACAUCUACAACACGGAAUACGUCGCCUACGACCAGCCCCCUCCGGCAAUGUACGUCGCAGACCGCUUUGACAGCGACCGGGAGUCUCUGGACGAGGCUCGGGCGGACGUCCACGACGCUCGUGCAAAGUACCAGCAGGCACUGGAGGAUGCUGCUAGCUCCAGUGCUAGCAGCAGUGAGAGAGAAGAGCUGGAGGAGGCUCGAGAGGAGCUGUAUGAAGCCGAGGAGGAAUACGCAGAGGAGUGCGAUGAGUAUUAUGACGACUGA